AUGGGUGCUUCUCGGGAGGAGAACUCCAAUUUGACUAACCGCUGUGGCUAUUCGUUACUUGAGAAGGCAGAGGCAGAGAACAAGCUGGGCGAAGUUCUGGCUUAUGGAAAUUACGUCGCACGACUUCGAGAACAGCCAGGCCUCGAACUGACUGGAGAGGAAAAAGCUUUCUUUAAUGAAGCGAUGAUGGCCAUUUUGACGCCUCCGGAAGAGUUCGAUCAGCUGCCUCACAUGCAAUUAGAUUAUAUCUGUCGGUUGGCGAAAGACGUCAACUCUGCGAUUAUGGAGCGUUCCCAUUCUUCACUCGUCGGUGGCCAUGCGGUUGUCAACGAAAAGUUAGAGCGGUUCCUCUGGGCAGUCGCACUCUUCAGAAGCGACCCGACGUCAUCUGAGGUGAAGCCAUUUUGUUCCGGCACGCUCAUCUCCGAUCGCCACAUUCUGACGGCCGCCCAUUGCACGGCCGACCUCGACAAAGAAGAAGAUAGCAAAAGCGAGAAAACACAGCCCACAUGGGCCGAGCACGACAUUUAUGUGGCCCUCGGGGCCAAGUGUGUCGUCAAAUCGGGCGUUUGUGAGGGGCGAAAAGCGGAAAGGACUAUUGUUAAGGUAAAAAAUAUUGUCGUGCCCAAGGAGGCGAUCUACGGCGCAAACUGGCGUCGCGGCGGCGAUAUCGCCAUUUUGGAGCUCGAAACCCCGGUUAAAGAGGCUUCCAACAUCAAAUAUGCCUGCUUGCCCGGGUGGAAGAUCACGAUGCCAAAGCGGAAGACCUAUGUGCACUGGGGAUGGGGAUAUUUGGAGCAUGAAACCGCCGGCAAUCCAGUGAGAAGCACUUCCGAUACACUGAACUACCUUGAAGACGUCGAACUGUUCGACUGCGCUUCUAAAAGCGAGCGCCAGGCCGGUGAUAAAGACGUGCUCUGCGGCCGAUCGGAUCAAUACAAUCAAGGGAUUGAGGGGGGAGAUUCCGGGUCGGGCUUCGAGUUGAAGGGGGAACGUGGCCGGCCGAAUUUGGUGGUCGGCGUCUCGGUGUAUGUUGCCUCAAAGAGCGACGAGUCGUACAGCACGGACAUCCGCCGGUACGCCAAGUGGAUCUGCGACCUCACCGGGUUGUGCUAUAUGAAACACAAUACGAAGAAAACGAUAACUCCGUUGGAUGCAACCAUCGAUAGUACACUCGCGGAACGAUGUGGGAGUAAUUUAGGAAAACUGCCGGAAGCGGAUAGUAUAGUUGGCGGAAAGCCGGUACAAAACGAGUCCGAUGAACGUUUUCCAUGGGCCGUUGCCUUUUUCCGGAGUGAUCCAGCGGCCUCGGGGGAGCGCCCCUACUGCACCGGAACCCUGCUCUCCGACCGUCACGUCAUGACGGCCGCGCAUUGCGUACAAACAUGGGGCCCAAAUAACGAGUAUGAAGAAGCCGAGUGGUUUCCGAUGGAGCGGUAUUAUGUUGUGAUGGGUGCGAAAUGUGUGGUUUCCAAUGGCCAAUGUGAGGCAUUGAGGGCGAGGAGGACGAUUAGGAGGAUCAUCAAUGCGGUCGUCCCAAUGGAAAUGAGCAACCAUCCGACCAAACGUCGUGGCGGUGAUAUCGCCAUCAUCGAGCUGGAGACCCCGGUUCUCGAGAAUGCGACGAUGAAAUAUGCGUGUUUGCCGCCGGCUACACUCGAUCUCCCUCACACGGCCGACUACACGGAAUGGGGAUGGGGACUUUUGAGACAUGGAACCCCCCAGGAUCCUUCUCCACCAGCAAGUGAUACCUUAAACUAUUUGGAUGGGGUGACACUGGAUGAGUGUACGCCUAAAAAAAGUUCAACGGCGGGAGACCUGGACGUAAUAUGUGGCCAUUCUGUCGGAUAUAAUGAUGGUAUCGAAGAGGGUGACAGCGGUUCGGGAUUCGAAUGGCAAAGAAAGGGGAAAGGCCCGAAUUAUGUCAUAGGAGUAUCUGCUUAUACAGUUGGCAACAAGGCGAACGUCGGGUAUAUGACCGAUGUGAGGAGAUACGCCAAGUGGAUCUGCGAACACACAAAGAUUUGUUAUAUGAGACGAAAA